GAAGGGGGGAAGAGGGGAGGAAAGAGAAUGUGGCAGAAAACGCAAAGGACAUCCUGCCGGGUGAUUCACACGCGACACGGUUCCCGUAACGUUUGAUUCUGCUCGUCAUAAAAAUAUUCUCCCGCUCGCCGACGACCGAUCGUCGUGCGACGAUAAUCAGAAAAAUAAUCGAAAGAAAAAGCGCACCGUUUACUCCGUGUAUUUAUGAGUCACAAUCGAAUCGUUUCUUUCGUGCGCUCGACUCGCGCGGUAUAUCCUUCACGCUCUCGCUCGUACACGGCCGCACGCUUAUCGCUCGGCGUGCGAGGACUAGAGGAAAAAAAUCAUUGAAACUGUAUCACGGAAAAAUAAAUGGUGCGUGAAUCGCGAUUAUUUCGUUAUCGGCGUAAUUAACGACGUAGAACGUCGCGAUUGUCGUCGAUCUCGGUAUUUAUCAUCGGACGAUACGUUCCGCUGCUGCUCGAGCGAGCUUUACGGCGUCGUUUAAUGAAGCGUCGCGACGCUCGCUGGGUGGGAUCCUUUCGCUUUUCGCGCGAAAAGGGUGAAAGUGCCAUAGAGCCGGCGAAUAAUCACGGAGGCGUGAUCGCCUCGCGGUGGCCCACAUCGUUAAAUUCAUGGCUUUUGCUUUGAAAGUGACGAGCGCGGCGCCGCCUUUACUUUUACAUUUUCUCAUCCAUAUUACACCGCUAUAGAAAUUGAAUGAAUCUCUCUCUCUGAGACUGAGAGAAACUUUAUUUUCUAUAAGAUUGUAUACUCGCCGCGCGAGUCCUCCGCGAGAAAUCCAAAGGGGUUGGUUCUCAGAGUUCUCCUCUCGUUCCUCUUUACCUCCCUGCUUAUCGUUAGUCUCGUCUCGUCCUCGUUACUCAACGAGAUUCAUGCCUCUUGCGGUCCAAUUCGCGGGUAUUAUUUAUGAUACGUCGUGGGCGCGAACGUGGAAUAGCGUGUGCACGCGUGCCACCAACGUCCCCGAGUAACGAACUUCCCUCGUUCACGCGUGUGCAUGUACACGCGGCCCACGCACGAACGCGUCCGCCGUCUGCGCGAAGGAGAGGAAAACGCGUUUAUGCGUGGCUCUUCGUCUGGCACGGACCAACUUACAGCGAUGUAAUCGACGUUUUGCGUACCCAACAAUGCGUGACGGCAAAAUGGAAAUUUAGCAUCCUUUCCAGCGUCGUGUUUCUUCCAUUCCCUUUUUCGCUUCAUUUCACUUGGACUUCCUUUCCUCCCUAUUUUUUCUCCACAUUUUCUUUUCUCUUUUCCUCUCCCUCCCCCCCCCCUCCUCGCGCCUUUCCACUUUACCUUCAUUUCCAUGCGUUCCCAUUCUCCCUUUUUUUUCUUCCCUCCCUCCCCCUCGAUUUCGCGUGCAUUCUGACGAGAAGAAAGGGAGCGACUCCGCGGGUCUUACGCCACUGAAUGAGGGACGAUCAGUCGUGGUGCUGCAGGUGCCAGAAAGAGUAUGCAUGUUAGCGAGCGAUCGUUAGAGAAGGACGAGCGUAGCAGUCGCGGGAGUGGGCAGGAAACGGUUCGGUUCGGACUAUGUAAGACGACGAGGCGGCGGCCGAGGGGUCCGAUCGAGCCGAGUUUCCAUCGAGACCGGAGUAGUGUCCGAUCGGCCGUCGCGGCGCGUGGAGCUUUUCGCCGCUUUGCGAUCGCUCGCUUCGCGCAAGAUCGCAGGCUACCGCUGAUAUCGCCGACGAAACGCAUCUCUCUCGGGUUCAAUCCGUCGUGGCUCUUCGCCGCGACGAACGCGUCUCGGUCGUACCGUCCUCCUCGCGAGACAGAGAGAGAGAGAGAGAGAGAGAGCCCUCGACAAAUUGGAGAACGGAACGUCCUCGAUAUAGAAAGUGCAGGAUUGUGCGAUGAGUCCCGUCGUUGACAGGAACGCGCGUAUGAGAGAGGUGGUGAAGUGGUGACGACGUAAACUGUACCGCGACGUCGACGUCUUUUCCGCGGAUCUUGCUCCUGACACUUCACCCGCGUGUGCUCGACGAGAUCUACUCGUGAUCGUUUCGAUAUCGGCGUGAAAUCCUUGAAGAAGAAGAAGAGAAAACAAUCUCUCUCGAUCUUCAAAGUUCUUCUCUUCGUCGUAUCGUUGCCAAAAUCAGUCGAACGGUGUACGAAAUGGAGAACACGACCAAUAUCCUCCUGAUAUCGAAGAUCGGCGCGAUGAUCGGCCUCGGCUUCGGCUCUCUCGCCCUGGGAACGCUACCGUUAAUGGUAGGACGUUACAGGGCCAAGAGACUUCGCCAGAAACGUCGCCGAGCGAUCUCCUCCAAUCAUUCCAGCACCUCCACGUCCACUUCGACGUCCAACGCGUCCUCGCCGAGCGUCGACUCGGCCUCCGCGACAAACAAGCAAGGUCUCUUGACGUCGCUCUUGCUCUGUUUCGGCGGCGGCGUGCUCCUAUUCACGACGUUUGUACACCUAGCGCCGGAGGUGCGCGCCAGCGUCGAGACUCAUCAGUUGAACGGACAAUUGCCCGAUUUGGGUACCCUCGGUCUGGCCGAGCUGCUCUUCUGCAGCGGCUUCUUCCUCGUCUACUUGGUCGAGGAAGCCGUGCACGCUGCCCUUACCGGCAAACCCGAAUCUUCGGAAGCACUACUUUACCGAACUGUGUCGGUACGCAGAUGCAACAACAACCAGACGGCUCCGUCGGGUUCGUCGAUGAUGUCGAACGGCUCGAUCACCACCAUAUCCACGACGACCAAGUCCACCGUGUGGAAAGACACCAACGACCGCGAGGACAAUAAGGAUCGGGUGAACGUAGACCGAUCGAAAUUGCAGCUCGACGAUUCUCGUAAUCCGACAGGCAAGGACGACAAGGUGAUACCGACCAUAUUUGUCCUACCAGUUGCAUUAUCGAACGAAGGACAUCAGGUUGUCCAGAGACAUUCGGAUUUAGAACUAGCGGUCCCGGAACUGACCUAUCCGGUCAAACACCAUUCACAUGACCACCACCACCACCAUCAUCACCAUCAUCAGCAUGGCGCGAUGAUGCAGAACACCUCGGUGCAAGGACUGCUGACCGUGCUCGCGUUAUCCUUUCACGCGAUAUUCGAGGGUUUGGCGGUGGGCCUGGAACCGUCCAUCAGUUCGGUCGCGUAUCUGGCGGCCGCAAUCGCGACUCACAAACUGGUCAUCUCCUUCUGCGUCGGAAUGGAGCUCUACGUGGCCGGCGCGUCGACCAGGACCAUCCUCGGCUACCUAGUCAUCUUCUCCAUGGUCACGCCAAUCGGGAUAGGCGUGGGACUCGUCCUUGAUUAUUUCAAGAAUGACAGCGAGAACUUGGGGCCCACGCCCACUAUACUUCAGGGCAUGGCGGCCGGCACCCUGCUCUACGUGGUGUUCUUCGAGGUGCUGGCGCGGGAGAGGGCGAACGAGAAGAGCGGCCUUCUACAGUUGGUCGCAAUCAUUAUCGGCUUCACGCUGAUGCUGGGCCUGCAGAUCGCUACUGCCCAUUCCCAUUCGCACGGUGGCCACGGGCAUUCGCACGGUGGCGAUAAUUUGAGCAACCACACGCACGAUCACGACCACGAUCACGAUCACGAUCACGAUCACGAUCACGACCACGAACACAAGCACGACGUCGUCAGAGGGGCGAUCGACCAAGUGACCGACAGCAUCGCCGAGGCCCUCUCCAACGCCCUCACGUCCUCGACGACGGCACAGUCGAACGACGUGAGUAGCGAGACCAGCCCGUUCCAGCCUCGGCGUAGCUAGGGGACCGAUCUUUGGGUUCCUGCAAGUUCCAAGCUUCACGGCUAAAGUCUCUUCAGUAAGAGAUUCAGCGCGACCAAGAUCUCUCAGGAAGCUCGAAGAUCUCGAGAUGGCGACAGUGCCUUUACUCAGGGGAUUCUUCUCACACGCAUUUUUUUUUACCGUUUAGCAAAGUAAGAAAAAUGAGAUAUUGAAACGAGAGGAAAAUUAGUUUCGAACUGACUUCCUAGUACGUGGAUUUAUCAAUGGUUCCGCGGAUGGACCAGGACGUUCUCGACGAGCGUGGUACAAACGGCGGGGAACUCGUACCGUUACGUUCGAUAAGACGUCUUUCAUUGUUACUCCGACUGGAAACUGCGCGUCGUAGAAGAAACUUUACGGAUUUCCGACGCUUUCGCUGACUAUCGCAACAGGCAGCCUGAAGAAUUUCUCGCUCAAAGUCGUCGCGACCGGAAAGAAAACGUUCGCGCGCGAACGUACUGUAUUUGUGUCUGAAUCGAGUUUAUUUUAUUAUUAUUAUUUUUUUUUAGAUGCGUAAUAGAGUGUAAGUCAAUCUGUAAUUGCAUGAUUAUUUAAGUACCUUCGAGCCCUAGAUACUUUACGGUACCGGAAGUAUUUAUUGAUUGUAAUGUGCGAGGGCGUUCUUCAGAAUUCGAACAAAUUUUUCUGAUAGCAAAAUAUAUUUGGACGCGCCGGUCCAAUUUCCUAAUUACUCAACGAAUUCAAAUAGGCUAUGCGCAUUAGUAGUUAAGAAAUUUUAAUAAAUUAUCACAGAUAUUUUUUAUUACA